AUGGGCCUGUCCUUCAGCGUGCCGCCCGGCGUCAACACGCCCUCGAGCCUCCGCAAUAUCUACAACCGCAAGCUGACCUUCUUGCCCCCUGCCGCCGCCUCUGCACCGCAGUGGUGCCGCCAGGGCGUGCUCCUGCUCAACGCGUCCCUGACCGUCCGCGCGGGCGAGGCCAACAGCCACUCCAAGGCCGGCUGGGCGCCGCUCACGGCGGCUGCAGUGGCAGCGCUGUCGCAGCGGCGGAGCGGCAUCGUGUUCCUGCUGUGGGGCAAGUUUGCUCAGGACAGGGGCCAGGGUGUGGACACCAGCCGCCACCACGUCUUGAAGUCGCCCCACCCCUCGGGGCUGUCAGCCAGCAGAGGCUUCUUCGGCUGCCGCCACUUCUCGCAGACCAACGAGCUGCUGCGGCGCUCGGGGCUGCCGCCGAUCGACUGGCAGAUCGAGUGA